AAUUGGAAGGUUGUCGAAACUCAAUUACCUUCGCCUGUCUGGGAAUCAACUUACAGGUAUGCUGCCUCUUUCUAUGGCUAAUCUCACCCAACUAAUCGAGCUUGACAUUUCUAUCAAUAAUCUUAGGGGCAACAUCCCCCCAGAAAUGGGGAAUCUUGUAAAUUUGGAAUAUUUUUCCCUUGGUUCAAAUCUAUUGAAUGGUUCCAUCCCCCGAGAAAUUGGGAGGUUGUCAAUGCUCUAUUACCUGGACAUUUCUAUCAAUCUUAUCAGCGCCUCCAUCCCUCCGGAAAUAAGGAAUCUUCGAAGUCUGAAUUACUUGUGCCUUAGUAAUAACAAUCUCAGUGGUCCAAUUUUUUCAUAUGUUGCUAAUCUCACCAAUCUACAACAUCUAUUGCUCAAUUCAAAUCAUUUUUAUGGUUCUAUCGCCCCCAGCAUUGGUAAUUUGACGAAUCUGGUUGAGCUUAACCUUACUGGUAACAACUUCACCGGGGGUAUCCCUUCAUCUCUUGGUCUUUUAGCCAACUUGACUCAUCUUGACUUGUCUGCAAAUCGAUUUGUUGGUCGGAUACCAACAGAGAUAUGGAACUUGAAUGGUCUAACUGUUUUGGAUCUGUCCUGCAACAAGAUAUACGGUACCAUACCUCCUGGGCUUGGCCAGUUAUCCACACUUUAUUUCCUUGAUAUAUCCUCAAACCAACUUGUAGGUCAGUUACCAAGUGAAGUUGGAAACCUCUCCAUCCUUCAUUAUCUAGACCUUUCCCAAAAUCUGUUAAAUGGAACCAUACCAAAAGAACUCGAGAAUUGUACACGCUUAGGGCACUUGGGAAUGAGUGAUAAUUUCUUGAGCGGAAACAUUCCGGUAGGGUUUAGUCGUCAUCUUUUUUUUCUGUUCUAUCUGAACCUCGGUCACAACUUCAUCAGUGGAACGAUAUCUAUUCGACCACAAGGUUUUGUGCAGUUAAAUUACUUGAAUCUCUCUCACAAUAAUUUCACUGGCACUAUUCCCCGUUCAUUUAGCUCUGCUGAUUUGGGGACAACCAUUGACUUGUCAUACAAUGCUUUGGAGGGAGAAAUCCCACAAGGUCUUCAAUUUAGAAACAACCUAUUGCAGGAAUUAAGGGGAAAUAAAGGUUUAUGUGGUCAAGUCAGUGGUUUCCCUCCUUGUACAUAUUCUUCCACCACAAUUGGCUCAACCAAGAGAAAGAGAAACAGGGUUGUGCCACCCUUGGUCUUCAUUUUGCUUGUCAUCAUCAUUUCCCUUGCCUUCUUAAUCCUUGGAGCUAUUUUCUUCUUCCGUAAUAAGGUUAGAAAAGAUACUCAAUCUGAAGAAAGGGCAAUAAAGGACAGAAAUCUGUUUUCUGUGUGGAAUUAUGAUGGCAGCAUUGUGUAUGAAGAAAUAAUUAAAGCAACAGAUGGCUUCGACAUUAGAUACUGCAUAGGGACUGGUGGUUAUGGCAGUGUUUACAAGGCACAGCUGCCGGGUGGCGACGUUUUUGCCUUGAAGAAACUUCACAGGUUAGAGGCCGAGGAACCAGCUUUUGACAAGAGUUUUAAGAAUGAGAUUCGGAUGUUGACCUAUAUAAGGCAUCGAAACAUUGUCAAGCUUUAUGGAUUUUGUUUGCACAACCGUUGCAUGUUCCUGAUUUACGAGUACAUGGAAAAAGGAAGCUUAUUUUGUGCCCUAAGAGAUGAUGUUGAAGCUGUGGAAUUGAAUUGGUCCAGGAGGGUAAACAUCAUUAAAGGCAUUGCGUAUGCUUUGUCUUACAUGCACCAUGAUUGCGAUCCACCAAUUGUCCACCGUGACAUAUCAAGCAACAACAUUCUGUUGAAUUCAGAAUUGGAGGCUUUUGUCUCUGAUUUUGGCACAGCCAGGCCGUUGUAUCCUGAUUCAUCCAAUUACCAAACUGUAGUAGUAGGUACUCGUGGAUAUGUUGCUCCAGAACUUGCCUACACCAUCGUUGUGAAUGCAAAAAGCGAUGUUUAUAGUUUUGGGGUUGUGGCACUAGAAACACUCAUGGGAAGGCAUCCAAAAGAACUCCUUCCAUUAGUGGCAUCAGCAUCUGCUCAAAAUAUAAUGCUAAAUGAUGUGUUAGACGUACGCCUCCAACCUCCAGAGCGUGGACUGGUUGCAACAAAUGUUGUUCUAGCUGCUACGUUGGCAUUUGCUUGCUUACAAUCUGAACCAAAGUCUCGACCAACAAUGCUCCACGUUUCUCAGAAGUUUCUUUCUUCCAAGUACUCACUAGCUAAACCUCUGCAAAAAAUUUCAUUGUCACAGCUUAUGAAUCAUGACAUAUUAGCUGCUUGAAAGGUCUGAACUCAACUCAGAACUUGCCUUCAUCAUAUGGUUGUGAUUCAAAAAUGUGACGUUUAUAGUUUUGGAGUUGUGGCA